UGCUUGUCGGUGCCCGUAUGUGAGGCUGGGACAACUGGUGCACGCGCUGCCAUUUGGUGUGCAGAGAUGCGUGGCUGUGAGCACACGGCGCAGGCGGGAUGUGAGCAGCUGUCGGCUUGCAGGCUGCAGGGGAGGGAUUUUAUGCUGAUAUGAAGCCUCUUGGCCCUCUGACCAAACCCUACUGUCCUCACCUCAGAGAGUAGAACUUAGCCACUGGGAAAGACUCCUGUGCUGAUACUGCAAUGCCGAGUCCCAGCUUGACCAGUGUGAAGAGCUGUCCUUUGAAGAAGAGGAUCUAUUUCCUGCUGAAACUCGUGUGCUUUGUCAGCUCUGUGCUGGUAUUUUGUGAAUUUUUCAUUUAUUACGUGGUAAUUUUUCAAUGUCGAUGGCCGGAUGUGAAAGGUGGGGCUCACACAGGUAAUGAAGAGACCUCAACUUCAGUCCUGAAGGCCAUGUUUUUAGCUGAUACUCACCUGCUUGGUGAAAUCAAAGGACAUUGGCUGGAUAAACUACGAAGGGAAUGGCAAAUGGAGAGAUCUUUCCAAACUGCUUUGUGGUUACUGCAGCCAGAUAUUGUUUUUAUUCUGGGAGAUGUCUUUGAUGAAGGAAAAUGGGACUCACCUCAGGCAUGGGCAGAUGAUGUCAGGAGAUUUCAGAAAAUGUUUAAGUAUCCAGUUAGUACUGAGCUGGUGGUUAUUGUUGGGAAUCACGACAUCGGGUUUCAUUAUGAAAUGACCUCUUACAAGGUACAUCGAUUUGAAAAAGUUUUCAACUUUACUUCAGGAAAGCUAAUAACUCGAAAAGGAACAAACUUUGUCCUCGUGAACAGCGUGGCCAUGGAGGGCGAUGGCUGCACCCUGUGCCGCACUGCAGAGGCGAAGCUGGUGGCGCUUUCUCACAGACUGAACUGCUCCCAGCAGGAACUGAACCAUCCCGAGAAGAGGUGCAGUGAUGCAGAAAAGCCUCCAGCUUCACAACCAAUCCUUCUGCAGCAUUACCCUCUCUAUCGGAAAAGUGAUGCAGAAUGCAGUGGAGAAGAUGCUGCCUCUCCAGAGGAGAAGACCAUCCCAUUUAAAGAGAAGUACGAUGUGCUGUCUCAGGAAGCAUCACAAAAGCUGCUGUGGUGGUUCCAUCCCCGCCUGAUUCUCAGCGGGCACACGCACAGCGCCUGCCAAGUGCUGCAUGCGGGGGGGAUCCCGGAGAUCAGCGUCCCGUCGUUCAGUUGGAGGAAUAGAAACAACCCUAGUUUCAUCAUGGGCAGCAUAACACCAACUGACUUCUCCCUCCACAAAUGCUUCCUUCCACAUGAGAGCAGAGUCUUCGCUAUAUACUGGGCAGCAGGAGCCCUGCUCGUCGUCCUGGUGCUAGCUCAUUUUCAGCUUCUCACUCCACCAUUUUAUUUUGCUCAGCGUUUAAUCAGUAAGCAUAAAGCAGCAUGAAGAGCCAGACAUCUGCAUUCAGUCACUGAAAUACCAAAGCUGAGAACAGUCAAACAUCAGACUAUAUUCAUGCCAGCAAAUGACCUAAAUUUGAUUGCUAGUCUGAAGGCAGGUUGCAUUUACACAUACCAUAGAAGUCCUAUACAGCUGAUAUGACUACUACAGGAUAAAUAAUUAACUGAAAUGAACGUUCCAUGCUGUACAAAAAUACUGUAUUCUACAAUCAAAUGAGUCCUUUUCCUGCUAUAAUUUUUGUAUCAAAUAUGUAUAUUAAAAGUGUAACUGUACAUUAUGUAAAUCCUGUUGCCUCAUCACUUGUCUGCACUAGUGUCACACCCUGGUGGAGGCUCAGUGCUGCAAACUGGAAACGUUUCUCUCUUUUAUUGCUGCGUGGCCCUUCUACUGUCACACGUCUAUUUGGUAGGGUCAGGCAGAAGCAAGAGACAUCGGCACUGAGAGAUGCAGAUUUCCAUAACCUUUUUAGAAUGUCCUACGCGAGGGACAAGAAACCUUGCAGUUCCUGUCACACCGAACUAUUGGAUGGCUACCGUUUAGCAUCUACCAGACAGCAACACGAAGAAGCCUCGCAGAUCCAGUUUGCUGGUACAACACCUGAAACCUGCUUAAAACAAAAGUAGGUUGACACCUCAAGCUGCUAUUUUUAAAAAGAUGUGCUAUGAUGGGCUUAAAAAAGAGGGCCCUAUUGCAUCCCAGAGAUCUGUGCGGUGAGGGGCCCUCCGGCUGCCGCUCUGCAAGAAGGAAGGUCAACUACAGCUGCAGUAACGUUGUCCUGUGCCUCAGCCUCCAGCUGCAGGCAGGCGCCUCCUGUUGCAGGCUCCCGCAGGGCUGCCUGCUCUUAGCGUUUCUGUAGUGUCCCACUGCGAAGUGCAGCGGCUCUGUGCUGGGGAGGCGGCAGCUGCAAGGAGCCCCCGGCCGGGUGGCAGCGCUGGAGCAGAGCUCAGCACCUCUGCGCACUGUGCCUAAGGGAGGGUGCCACAAACCUCACCGUGUCUCGCCACCCACCCCAGCAAAGCUCCUGCUGGUAGCUCUUGGGGCAGGGGCUGCUUCUGAGGCCGAGACCGUCUGCUGUUACUUGUCCCGGUACUUUCAUUGGCGUGGGAAGCGAGAGAAUCUCUGCAUUCAGGGGGUUUGUUGACUAGCUCAGUCCACUCAGCCCUUCGCUUUCUGGGCAAUAUCUGAUGACUCAACUUGCACGUAUUAAAAUCUACACGUUUCUGAGAAGAAGAAAUGGUCAUAUUGUCGUGUCUACAAUGGGGUUGUUUGUCAUCAAAUAGAAACAAGGACUGCGGUGGGCCGCAGUCUGACUUGAAUUUGAGAGGUGGUGGCAGGGGUUUGUAACCACCAGCGGUGCUUACAGCAAAACACUGAUCGAAGCGCCGAGUUGGAGGCCAACGUCGGGAACAUGUCAGCUCUUAAUCUCUCCCUAACUUUAAAACGAGGAGUGGGAACGGUCCAAGUGUGGUAAAACACUCUGUGAAGUAAUGUAGUCUAACACUUCGCUAGGUUUCUGUUAUUGCAACUGUAAUUUUAGACAUUUGUACAGGUUAUCUUGGACACAGGAAAAGUAUAUAGUCACAGACAGAAAACACCUAUGUAUAAAAUAUAAAGCAGUGUUAUAGUUACUAAAAAGGACAUGCCUUAUUGCUACAGCAAUUCUUGCUUUUAUAUAUUGUACUGUACCACAACUUGUUUUUGAGAAUGUCAUUUGCAUAAAUUAUUCAAGUUUGAGAAAUAUUCACACAUUUUGAUUCUACAAUAUUUAAAAUAAAACAAUUUUCUAACGUGUCUCUUUAUUAAAAGAGAAAUAAAAAUGU